AGUGGAAAACCACAAUGAAAAUACAUUGAAAACGAGAACACGAAUUGAUCAAAUGAAAAAUACCUGGCUUUUUUUUUCUUUUGCUUGCAAAUACAAUUAAGGCUACAUAUAAAAUGUAUAUGUUCGUAACGCGCAUGCUCGAUAUAUGUUGUCAAAAAUCACAAUGGUAAUUUUGCAUAUUACUUAUAGUGGUCUCUAAAAAAAAACUUCUGAUUUUUCCAGGUCAACCAGCUUGUAUAUCCGAGUUGUACAACCUCGUCCUUUGUUACCUUUGUCCAGCAUCAGUUGCUUUAACCUCGUACCCAGGGCAUCUUGUAUCCUUUCUCACAUCGAUACGAACAAGCCCUGGACAAGGUUGGAGCUUCAUCUAUCCUGUUCUUCUAAACAGAUGGCGCCAAUUUGAUAAAAUUUCCGCACAAAAGAAAAAUCACAACGAACUAAUCGAUUAUGUUUUCUUUUUUAUUCUUCAUUUCAUUAAUAAUUAUCAACUAUAUAUAAAAGAUUUAAUCCCAUGAUCAAUGAAAUUUAUUAUGCUCGACAAUAAUAACAAAACAAGAAAAAAGGGCGUACUGAAAGUUUGUAUUCGAAUCUAACACACUUUUUUGCAGGGUCAUCUUGUACUUGUGUUCUGUUCGAAAAAGAUUUCCUACGAUGCAGAUCGAAUCAGGCUUCGACAAAAUUAAAUCUUUGGAGUUUUGGAGAGCAGUCGCUGCUGAGUUUGUUGGAUGCAUCUUUUUCUUACUUUGUGUAACAUCAGUUGCUUUAAGUUGGGGAAAUUCACCAGCAUCGGUUUCAUCAAACAAUGUUGAAAUUGGAAUAGGAAUCGGUUUAGCUAUCGCCUCGCUUGCCCAAGCAUUUGGUCAUGUUAGUGGAGGACAUUUAAAUCCUGCUGUGUCACUUGGUAUGAUUGUUGGUGGAAGAAUCUCCAUCAUAAAAGGCUUACUUUACAUCGUGGCUCAAUGUAUUGGAGCUAUUAUUGGCGCAGCCCUUACGUAUGGUCUCACUCCGAAAGGACGUCGUGAGUCACUUGGAGUGACUGGUUUAAACAAAGAAAUUUCUCCAGGCCAAGGCUUUGGAUUGGAAUUUCUAUUUACCUUCUUACUUGUGUUCUUUGUGUUCUCCAUCACUGAUGCGAAAAAGAAAGUCGAACCUUAUGGAACCACCCUGGGAAUCGGGAUCGUCAUUACAGUCUGCCAUGUUUGUUUGAUUCCCUACACAAGUUGUGGUAUUAAUCCGGCUCGAUCAUUCGGACCAGCUGUAGUAAUGAACAUGUGGGAUAAUCAUUGGGUUUAUUGGGCUGGACCAAUGGUUGGCGGUGCAGCUGCUGCUAUUAUCUAUAAAUUAAUUUUCUUCGUAAAGGAUGAAGAAUGCUCGCAAAAAGAGGAGUGUAAGGAGCUCGAGCCAUUAAAUGGAGAAACAGCGUAGAUGUUAUUAUAAAGAUCACUAUCACUCUUCCCCUUUGAGUUAAAAAAUGAUUUCUUAUGAGCACAAAUAUUGCUGGUAUAUUUAGCCUCUUCAGGUUCUAAACGAUGUCAUGGAAGAAACCAUACAGAUUGAUAUGUACGACCCUCCUUCAUUGCCAUUUUUACCUCACUUUUGCUCUACCAAUAAAAUUUAGAAGUGUUAGCAUUAGAAGCUUGUUAUUCUGUGAAAAAAAACCCGCGGUUAUUUUUUGUUUUGUUUUGUUUCUUUAAAAAUUUUUGAAGCGAUACAUGUAACUUAUUUGUGUGCAACGAAAAAUGUAAAAAUUGCACUAUUGGUAUAGUACAGUAUGAAAUAAAUUUUAAAAUCUGAUAA